CCUGUUUCUAAAUUAUUUCCAUUUGCUCUGAAAGUGUCAAUCAAUUCUUGGGAAAUUUCUGUGGCCCUGGAACAUGUGCACUGUUCUCCCCCCAAGACAGGACGAUAAUUAAUUAUCCUGAGGUUGAAGUCACCAUGAUUAACCCCAAUGACGUGUUAAUAUGAGUGGAGAAUUUUCGGAGACAUCUGAAUCAUCCGCUGUGGUGAUCGACAACUAUGGCCCUCACCUGGAUGUCUUCAGAAGCCUCUUCGUCUCCUCCCUGGAGAAUCGGAUCUACGAGGCCCUCGAGACAUUCGUGUACAACGACGCUGAACUCUUAUCAAAAUUUCCCAACCUGAGACGAUGCCUGAACAUCUUCAAGCUCUGCAAGACAAUUUAUCAAAGAACGAGAGAUCCAGAGGCGAGACCAAUCGACCGAUUGUUGAGUUAUGCGUUCAAGCACCUCAUUCAGGACGGAUUAAUAACUUCUUUUCUCAAUGCCAUUCUCCUCAACAACCGUCUCAACAGAGUCUGCAGGGAUCUGGACUCUAUGAACGUUGAUAAGUAUUUUUUAAAAUUUCGGAUAUUUCCUGAACUCCUCAACAGGACUGAUCAGGCAAUCUCUACUGGCACGAGAGGACCUACCGAAUCCUUGCUGAUAGAAACACCUCCUGAACCAACGGAUACCAGAAGAGCAGUUAAAAGGAAAGCUUCAGAUAAUACUGAUAACAGGAUCAUCAGCGAAGUGUCAGUGGUCACUUCAAGUCCAACGAAAGCCAAGAGUUCUGAUCCAAAAAGAAUCAUAAAUAAGGUUUCAACCUGUGGUCCUCUGACCUGUUCGUUCUACAGGUCCAGAACAGCCAAUUUAUCUAUCGAUUUCGAUGAUAAAAAUCUCCAGCUCAAGAUCAAUAAGACGCAUACUGAUGGUGUUGAUGAGAAGAGACUGAAACUUCCCUGUCAAUCAGCGGAUAUAAUUGAUGAUUUAAUCACCUCCGAUCCAUCUGUCAUGAUCUCCUGCUUUGGAAAUGUGAAGAGAAAAUUCAAAGUCCAGAUCAGAAAGAUUUGUACUGCUAUCAACAGGAUUUUGGGGAGGAUUGAUAGGAAGAGAGUGAAGAAAUGCGUUUUGUGCUGUAAAAUUCUUGGGAGUGCUGUUUUAUUCAGGCUGAAGCAUAGGGGGAGGAAUGGCUCGAGGUCCUGUUUAUUUUCCGAUCGAGUUAUUACGAGGGAAACGUCGAUGCCCUCAGCAGAAACAGUACCACCAGAGCAAAGGGAAAAUUAUGGGAAAAUUGAGGACAACAGCCAGCAUUUGCUCUCAAAUUCUGGCAAUUCUGAAGAGACUUUUUAUUCCGGGGAAGAUACUGGGGAUUGGAAAGCCAUAAAACCAGGGUUUUCUGUGGAUCGGUGGCAUCAUAACGAGAACCAGGACAGGAGCAGUGAGUCCAAUGAUAGCAGACUGAAUAUAGCACGAUGCAGCUCUUUUUAUUCGUGUGGGUCAUUUGGGGCUUCUGAUGGGAGCAAAGCCGAGUGGUGCAGUGCUGUCAGCUAUCUUGGAUAUACCUCUGACAAUUUUACAGAAGGUUCUGAACAAUCUUGCAAUUCUGAUAAUCCAGGAUUAGAAAAGGACGCCCGAAUCGUGAAGGAAAAAUUGCUGAACGUGAUGAAAUGCAAUAGCAAUGAACAUGAGCAGCUGAAGAGAGAAUUUUCCGAUUCUUCUGAGAAACCCAGCCAUUCAGAACUGGAACCCAAGAUGAUGGAGACACUGAAAGCAAUUUUCAGGAACGAAAAUUCAGAUCCUGUUUCUGUGGAAGAAAAAAAUGUCUCAGCUGAUUGGAGCUCUGAUGCCGCUGUCACGUUGAGAGAGACGUCGUCGAAAAUUGACGAAGUGAGUUCUCAAGGUUUAAAAAAUGAGGCUAAAUCGAUGUCCAUCCAGACGAUCGCCGAAUCUCAUCAAAAUAAUUCCAAUCUAGAGUCGAAAAUAUUGAGAAUGCUGGAGUCAAUAUUCAAAGAAGCUGAGGCUAAAGUCUUCCUGAAAAAAAAACUCCAGGACUCCCUCAAAAGCACCGAAAGCACAGAGAUAUUUGGAAAAAUCCUGCGAUUGCUUCUAGAUAUUUCAUCGAAUAUCACCGCUUCGAAAAUAUCAAAAGCCUCGAUUAUCACGCAAAACGGAUCCCAAACUCACCAACAAACUCCCCCCAAAAACUGUCUGUGCGCAAAUAAGAAGACCAAGUCAAUUUUCACUCAGACGUCCCCCCGAAAUUUCCCAAAAUUGCCCAUGAAAAACCGAAAAAGACCCCUAACAGGCGGAUCGGGAACCCAAAGCUCUGAAAAAUCGAACGUCAAAUCAUUCUCUCAUCUCUUCAAGGACACAUCCAAAAAUCUUGAAAAAAAGUCGCAGAAAAAUCUUGUUUGUCUGAGAGAAAAUUCUGAAAGGCAGAGAAAAUCGGUGGAACCGCCCCUCAUCUGCAUCCUCCAGGAAUCAGAAGAGAGGACCUUGAAAUGCCUGACAUCAGCAAGUGAAGUACUCCCGGCAUUGUCUCCCACCCGAUCCGGAACCUUUAUAAUCUCCGGAUCAGGUACAACGGCUCUGGAAAAAUUUUCUGAAAUCGAUGAUUUAUUCAGCGAUAUCCAUCUGAUGGACGCGUUGUCCUCUUCGCUGAGUGUCCUGGGCUCCUCCAGGUGCAAGUGUCCCCGGCGGAACCAAAAGCCCCGCUCGCCCGACGAGAAACUCCUCUUCCUCGCCAAGAUCAACCGAUAUCUCAGGAUUAUCCUGAACACUAUGCACAGAAGAUUGAAGAUCAUAUUCUCCCAGAGUGCAUUCGACAGACUGAGACACCUGAUAAAGCAGAAAUUAUACCCAUUUAUUCUAGAAAGAGAAAAGUCAACAAACACGUCGCACGUCAGGACGAGGGUAUUUUCGAUCCCUAGGAGGCAUUCAGGACCCUUCGAAGUGACAAAUCCUGCAGAUAAAUCGAGUGAAAAUUGGAAGAUAGAGAAAAAUUGUGGUGAAAAAAUUCUCAGGACCUGCAAUCAAUAUUCUGGAGACCACUCCAGGUCCAGGGGAACCCCAAGACGUGGACAUUUUCAACGAAAAGUCUUUUUGAGAGAGGAAAAAUUCAGAGAAUUUUUGAAGGAAUUUAACGGAAGCGGAAGUCCCUGCACUUGUUGCAGCCAACGGAUUAAUCUCCAUGAGUACUUAGCGACAAUCAAUUCACGUCGAUCUUGUGGAGCUGCUGGAGUGCAUGUGCACUCGCCGAGAUGCGGAACGAACAAUUCAUCGAUUUAUCAGUAUCUAAGGGGUCGUGAGGGGCGGGGAAGAGGAGGGGAAAGAAUUGGGAUGGGUGGGGGUGGGGGUCACUGUCAAAUAUUUUCCUCCUUCGAUUCAACGGGGAGAAUUGCUGAGGAAUUGAGGGGGAUGUUGGUGGAGCACUUGGCUGAUGACACUGGUCAUGGGACUGACUGCCAUAAUCCAAGCCGAGACAAUACCCCGAGGAAUUCUAUUUACCCGGAUGAUGGCACCCUGUCUGAGGAUAUUUGGAACGAAAGAAAAUCAGUGGAUGGGGUACUCGUUGGUACAGACAAACUUCAGGGAGGGGAACAGCAUCCGUUUUCCCGAGCUUGA